CUAGAGUAUAACAUGUGAGUGUAUAAAAAUAUGAAGUAACUGCAUACAUACAUAUGUAUGUACAUAUACAAUAGGUGCUUUAUUUCUUUGACUAAUUUGUGUCCACGCAAAUAAUUAAAUAUACACACUUAUGUAUUGAUAUAAAUCUAAUCGUUUAGUAUACAUACAUACAUAUAUCAGGAGUCAUCUAUAGUGUAUUAAAAAUUAAUAAUUUUAAAUUUAGCUUAUUGGAUGACUUUAAACCAGUUCACAGAGUAGAAAUAUGGGUUUGUAUAUACUUAUAUUCAUACAUAUGUACUCAUACAAAUCUUGAUUUUUAAUAAUAUUCAAUUUAUAAUUUGCGCAAUGAUGAUAACGAUUCUCAGUUGAUCUUGCCAACUAAGAGGAAUAAUACCUAUUGAUUUGAAAAAUGCUUAAAUAUUCGUAUGUUUUGCUACUAGUUCUCAUGGGGGCUGUAGCCGCUAAUGAGCAAGAUGUCCAGGCAGAGUUAAAAUCGAAUUACCGCGAAAUUGAUGCUCAAGGACAUUUCAACUAUGGAUAUGAGGCAACCAAUGGAGUGGAAGCUAAAGUACAGGGUGAUGUUAAUGGAAUUCAUGGUGAAUAUUUUCUUCCCGGUGAAAAUGGUGAGAAGGUACGGGUAACUUAUACAGCCGAUUCAACUGGUUUUCAUCCAAACGUUGAGAAGAGCCCUUGAAAGUAGAUUUCGAAUAGAUUCUAUUUCAAAACAUAAAUGUAUUCUAUAAAUUUUUUAUAUACACAUUUAUCUAAUAUAACUUGAUUACAAUUAAAUUUUAACCAUUUGUAUAAGAUUCAUAUGAAAGUGUUAUUGUGGAUAUUUAUAUCACAUAAUGUAAAUGUACAUAUACUAUACAUAUGUGAACGUAUCAGAGAACUGCAAUGAGCAAUAAAUUUUUGUUUAUACUUCAGUA